AUGGAAGAAUUACUGGCGCCCGCUCGACCAGUUCGAAGAUCAACGGGAGUCAAGGAACUGUUCUCCGAUUCCUAUGACAAAAACAAUCUUCCCAGCUCUAACUCAACAGAGGUUAUUGUGGAGCUUACCGUCCAAUCCAUAACAGAGAUUAGUGAAUUCUCCAGCAGCUUCAAGGCAGACGUAUGGUUCUCCCAGAUUUGGAGAGAUCCUCGACUUGAUUUCACCGACCGCAACUACUGCAUCAAAAAUAUUUCAUUAGCUGCUCAUAAAUUGCAGCAACUAUGGUCUCCCAAUGUUUGUUUCGUGAACAGCAAGAAGGUGGAAAUCCAUUCUUCUCCAUCCCAAAACAUUUUAUUGCUGGUGUUCCCUAACGGGACAGUAUGGCUCAAUUUUCGUGUUUCAUUGGUUGGUCCGUGCAAGCUCGACCUUACAUACUUUCCCAUGGACCGGCAGUCUUGUAACUUAGUGUUUGAGAGCUAUUCGUUUAAUACUGCGGAAGUUCGAAUAAUUUGGAGAGACUGGGACCCUGUUUCAAUCCCUGAUCCUAGCUCAAAAAAUCUUCCUGAUUUUGAGCUUGUGCAGUUCAUGCAUCGCAAUGCAACUCUUGUUUAUACUGCUGGUUUGUGGGAUCAGUUGGAAGUUGAGUUUACUUUCAGAAGAUUGUAUGGGUACUACGUUCUUCAGGCCUACAUGCCCACAUAUCUCUCCGUGUUCAUAUCGUGGAUAGCCUUUUGGAUCGACACGAAGGCUUUACCUGCAAGAAUAACUCUUGGUGUGUCUUCUCUAAUGGCACUGACAUUCCAGUUUGGAAACAUUGUCAAAAAUCUUCCCCGAGUCAGUUACGUAAAGGCCCUCGACAUUUGGAUGUUCGGCUGCGUUGGAUUCAUCUUUCUUUCACUUGUUGAGCUGGCUAUCGUUGGUUUUGUGGACAAACUGGAUGCGAAAAAGAAAAAACAUAAUCGGAACUUGGACCAAUCACUAAUGCAAAGGAACUCUGAACAGCAAUGGUUAUCGAGACUUCAGAGAAAUCAUUUCUCCGAAACUGGAGGAAAGAAUGUUCUCAUUCCAGUAGUACCAUCACUGAUCGGAGAUGUUGGAAAUUCAGAGAGAAUGCGUCCAGGUGAAGGUUGCUGGAAGCAACCUCGAGUAGAAGGUCCCAUUUCUGUCAAUGGCGAACGAAUUGAUGAAUUACCUGUAUCAACAGGCGAAGAUCUCAACAGCUCCUCCUUAUAA